AUGGGCAAUGUCAAAACCAAAGGUGAAAACUUCUAUCGCUCUGCGAAGAAGGUUAAGCACUUGAACAUGUUCAAGGAUGGCAAAGCUCAGCGCAACGCCCAGGGAGACAUUACGAGGGCUGCCUCCUACCAGUCCCGCGAUGCCCCGGUCGCUCGCAUCGAGCCAAACCGUAAAUGGUUCGGUAACACGCGAGUUAUCUCGCAGGAAGCCUUGACAUCAUUCCGUGAGGCUGUUGCCGAGCAAACCUCGGAUCCCUACCAGGUUUUGCUGAAGACCAACAAGCUGCCUAUGAGUCUGAUCCGGGACAAUGAUCACAAUACCGUGAAUGGUCUCAAGCAACAUCAGGCCAAGAUGGAGAUUGAAAACAAUCCAUUCGGUGAUACUUUCGGUCCCAAGGCUCAACGCAAGCGUGUCAAGACGGGUGUGACAUCCCUGGAGGACCUCGCUGGCGAGACCGCCAAGCUGCACGAUUCUUACCUGGAGAAGAACGACACAGAAACCCACGACGAUGGAAGUGCUGCUGUCUCUGGUGAUACCAAUUCCUCCUAUGAGGGCCCUGUUCUCACCACCGCUCGCGAGUCUGUCUUCUCCAAGGGUCAGUCCAAGCGUAUUUGGAACGAGCUUUACAAGGUCAUCGACUCCUCCGAUGUUGUUAUCCACGUUUUGGACGCCCGUGAUCCGAACGGAACUCGUUGCCGCAGUAUCGAAAAAUACAUUCGCGACGAGGCUCCCCACAAGCAUCUUAUUUUCGUGCUGAAUAAGACAGAUCUUGUUCCUACCGGUGUUGCUGCUGCUUGGGUUCGUUUCCUGUCCAAGGACUACCCUACUCUCGCAUUUCACGCCAACAUCAACAACUCCUUCGGAAAGGGUUCCCUUAUUCAGCUGCUUCGCCAGUUCUCAUCGCUGCACUCCGACCGUAAACAGAUUUCCGUCGGUUUGAUUGGAUAUCCCAACACCGGCAAGUCUUCCAUUAUCAACACACUUCGCGCCAAGAAGGUCUGCACUGUUGCCCUUCUCCCUGGUGAAACCAAGGUCUGGCAAUAUGUUACCUUGAUGAAGCGAAUUUAUCUCAUCGAUUGCCCUGGCGUGGUUCCUCCCAAUCAGAAUGACACCGAGGAGGACAUCCUGCUGCGUGGUGUCUGCCGUGUUGAAAAUGUGCACAACCCUGAGCAAUACAUUCCCGCCGUACUCCGCAGGGUUCAGCCCCGUCACUUAGAACGCACCUACGGUAUCCGGGAACCCACUGAUGCCAUUGAUUUCCUCAGCCGCCUUGCUCGCAAGGGUGGUCGUCUCCUGAAAGGAGGCGAGCCUGACUUGGACGGUGUGGCGAAGAUGGUGAUCAAUGACUUCCUGCGCGGAAAGACUCCCUGGUUCACCCCGCCUCCCCACACUGAAGACAAGGAGGGCGAGAAGGUCGACGGCCGUGAAGGCCGUCUCGGAGAGAUGGGUCGCAAGCGCAAGAUCGAUCAGACCGAGGGUGCAGAGGCGGAGGAGGACGAUGAUGACUCCUCUGACUCGAAGCCCAAUGAAGAGUUUUUCGGAGUCGAUGACGAUGGAGAGGAUAGCGAUGAUUCCAUCGCCAACUUGGAGGUUAGCGAUGUGGAGAGUGGCGAAGAAGAUUGA